GCGCGACAAGUUCCGGGCAGUGACGCCGCGUAUGUGCGUCGCAUUUACGAGUAUCGUGCUUACAUCGAGAUUCCAAGAUGUCGAUUCAUUUCUCCGGGGCCAUCAAACGCUCUGGCGGGAUAAUGAGCAUGAUCGUAAAGCAGAUUAAGCGCGUCAAUCUAACGCCCGUCGACAAGAUCAACGUUCGUUUCAAUCCGUUCGACCGUCAAUCCAAGCAGACGAGAGAUUUUCUGUUUUACGUUAGCGCUCCGAAAAUUCGUGCGACGAACCCGCAGUGCUCAUUGAAAACAGAGGUCGUGUGCGAUCGUUCCAAACCAACCGUUACGUUCAGUCUUCAAUCAGGUAAAAAAAUAGUAUUAAAAACGGCCCUUUUAACAAGCUUGAACAUUUUGCAACUUUACAAUAAGCACAUCACUAGUCUGAUUCCGCCCGAUCCAGCUGAACUUGAGGCUAAAAAAGCGCUCCAGGAAGAGAAGAGAAAGAAGCAAAAGCGGCCGCAUCAUAGAAUAAAAUUAUGGAGCAAGCAUAGAGGACAGCUUCAUUUAAUUUAAUUUCAUCGGUGACUUAUUGGACCGCUUAUUGGAUUUUCUAUUUGCUAAACACCGAAAGACGUUACAUUUAUAUUAAAUAAUCUAGAAAUUUAUUUCGCGCAAUCAAAAUAUUU